UCCGGGGUCGAGCUGGACGGAGCUAGAUACGAUGUGUCAGACGGAGGAAUUAUCCUGGGGGCUGAUGAAAAGUAUCGGAUAACACUGCAAUCACUGAGCCAAAGAACAUGUUCUGUGGAUUAUCACCAGGAAUGAUGGGGGUAGAGGACGCACUGUUGAUGAAGAAACGGAAGUCGAGAAGGUUCCGGACUACUUUCACCAGCUGUCAGCUACAAGCUCUGGAAGGAGCUUUCCAGCAGACGCACUAUCCGGACAUGUACAUGAGGGAGGAGCUGGCGAUGAGGAUAGAUCUCACCGAGGCUAGAGUACAGGUUUGGUUUCAAAAUCGUAGAGCGAAAUGGAGGAAGAGGGAGAAACUACAAAACAUAGCGUCCGGAAACAGCAGCGGCAGUCACGUGACUACUCCUGGAACUGGGAGUCAAUGUGAGAGUGCAGCUAGCAGUCCUUAUCUCAACUCAGCCUGCUCCCCCUCCCCUAAUACCGGUUACAAGAACAAGAGAACAACAACAUUCUCUCCCCCGCCCUCCAGUGUAAAUGCUCUGUUAGCAGCCAACCCCCUUCUCACAUCCUGGUCAAACGUUCUACAAAAUCAGUACAGAGAGUUGAGUGCUCAGCUGCCAGGUCUGCACAAAGAAGGGGACCCCUUACAGCGAAUGAGAGAGGCUCUGGUGGGUAGAAGUGGUAAUGUGGACAUCUCUAACCACCCUCUUCUACUUAACUUCCCCUUCAAGGAUCCACUUCUAGCUGUUUCCAGUUCAUCGCCAGUAACAACACUUGGGAACUUUGUGUCAGAAAGUACUAAAGAAGCGUUCUGAAGAAACA